CACAGGUGCUACUAAGGUGAGGGGAGCACCAUGAGGCGAGUCCUGUUGGGCUGGGGGCUGCUGCUGACAGCUGGGGUAAUGGUGGCUAGCGCUGCGGGUGCUAGUGGAGGAGGAGGAGGUGGUAGAGGGCAGAGACGCAGAGGAGACAAGCGCAGGGGGCUCCAUCGUGUCCAGCACGGCCACUGCAGCUACACCUUCAUCCUACCUGAGAUGGAGAGCUGUCAGGCCAGCCCCGACCAAUACUGCAGCGCCAACGUGGUUCAAAGGGACACACCACCCCCUGCAGAGAGUGAAUGGUCUGCCCAGAAACUGCAGCACCUGGAGACAGCCAUGGAGAACAACACACAGUGGCUGCAGAAGCUAGACAACUAUAUCCAGGAGAACAUCAAGAUGGAGAUGGUGCAUAUCCAAGACCAUGCAGUCCACAACCAGACAGCUACCAUGCUGGAGAUCGGAACCAACCUGUUGACUCAGACUGCAGAACAGACCCGCAAGUUAAACAUUGUCGAGGCUAAGGUUAUGAACCAGACAUCAAGACUUGAGAUCAAGUUGUUGGAGAACUCAUUAUCUACAAACAAACUGGAAAAGGAAUUAUUGGUACAGACUUCUAAAAUCACUAAACUGCAAGACAAGAACAGUCAUUUGGAGAACAAGGUGCACGUGUUGGAGUCGCAGCAGCGGGAUGAGCUGGAGGACAUGAGGGAGGAGAAGAAUAGGCUACAAGCAUUGGUGAGGACCCAGACGACAGCCAUCGAGGCUCUACAGAGACAGCUGAGGGUGGCCAGCACCAACAACUCAGCCCUGCAAAGGCAGCAGCAGCAGCUCAUGGAGUCGGUCCACACGCUCAUCAACAUGGUGUCUACCGGUACAGGGACAUUGCUGAGGGACCAGAGGUUUUGGGAUUGUGCAGAAGCCUAUAAAGCAGGACACAACAUCAGUGGAGUCUACUACAUAUUCAUUGGUAACAUGACAGAACCCACCCAGGUGUUUUGUGACAUGGAGACUAGUGGAGGAGGCUGGACAUUGUUCCAGCGCAGGGUCAACGGCAGUGUGGACUUCCAGAGAACAUGGAAGGAAUACAAAAUGGGUUUCGGGGACCCUGCGGGAGAGCACUGGCUUGGGAACGAGCUGGUGUUUCAGAUGACGAGUCAGACCCAGUACGCCCUGAGAGUGGAGCUGAGAGACUGGGAGGGGAACACACCCUACUCCCACUACGACAAGUUCCAACUGGCCAGUGAGAAACAACAAUAUAGGCUGUUCCUGUGGGGCUACAGUGGAACAGCAGGAGAGCAGAGCAGCCUGGCAGCGCAUGGCUCCAGCUUCAGCACCCGCGACGCUGACAACGACAACUGCCUGUGCAAGUGUGCCCUCAUGCUGACGGGGGGUUGGUGGUUUGACGCUUGUGGCUUGUCCAACCUCAACGGCAUUUACUACACCGUGGGCCACAACAUCCGCAAGCUGAACGGCAUCAAGUGGCAUCACUUUCGGGGACCGAGCUAUUCGCUUCGUUCGACAGUCAUGAUGAUCCGACCAUCCGACUUCUAAGACCGGACAUAGUCAUUUGGAGAGGAGAAGGGCUGCGAAUGGGCAAAGGGACAGCAAUUUCUCAGAGUCCCUUGCCUCCUUGUCUCCAGGACACAGACAAACAAGUGUACAUUUACGUUUUUAAUAACAAACUAUCAAUCAGUCAAUGGAUGACUGGAAGUUAUUUAGUACAAGCGAAAAUGUUGGGAGUCAGCAGAAGAGACCAGACUGAUAGUCUACAUCACCUGGCAGCUUUAUGCAGUGUAGCUCUGGCCUCAGCUCUUUUUAAUAUAUACUAUAAUGUGCCAGAUUCGCAGUCCUCUGAUGUCUUGCUUUGCCCCAUUGUACUAGUGAUGUCAACAAUACACCUCUACACAGCUCCCUCACACCCUCAGUCUUUAUUCCAGAACAUUCUGAAGCUGUCCUCAUCAAGACAACAUCAAAUGAAUAUAUAGGAAUGUCUCAUACUAUUUAACAUAAACCACAGAUAAAGACACCAAGACAAGUGAAUAACAACAAGCAAAUAACUUCAAAAGAAAUGGAGGACAUUUUAGUCAGAAUGUGCCAGAAUACUUUAUGAUUGACAAGAUGUGAUAUGGACAGAUCAUACUGUGAGGCCUGCUUCUGUAAUAUUUCAACAUUCCUACUUUUUUUUUUAGCAAAAUUCUAUUUGCAAACUGUAAAUGUGAGCUGAGCUUUGACUUAAUUGUUUUGCAUAACUGGAUUGUAUGUUUAAAGUUUGGGUUCAUUGCUCUGCCAUUUUGUGUGAAUCUGUUAAUAUUUCUCUAAGCUUGUUUUUUCUAUUAAGGAUAUCUCUACAGUAACACCUGAGUUAAGCGCGAGUAAAUGGAACGUAGUUCCCUUUAUAUCUACUUUUCUCUCUAUGUGCAUUCUGACCUUGAAUUUAAGCAUGAGAAUAUAAUGCUAUUCACCCACUAUUCGUUUGGGGUGGAGAUCAUAUAAAUGAAGGUGUGGCGGAGGUGUGUCUACAGAUAUGCUGUAAUAAUUCAACCAUCUUUAUGCGCGAGGAAACCAUGAAUAAAGUCUAGCGAACCUACCAGUUCCAAGUGGAAAAAACAUCUACUAUAUUUUUUCAGAUGGAAAUGACACCAUUCUCCAUGCAUUGUAAAUUACAACUUGAGCUAUUGAUAAGAGCUAAAAGAUAUGUAGGCUAAUUAAAUCGUUAUGGAGCGGCGCGCAGACCAAGCCAUAACAGUUUGUACCUGAGGCAUGGCCGUGUCAUCACACAGUUCCAUGGUUAAUGCAGGCAAUAGACAAGGGUAAAACCUACUAUUGUACACUAUUCUCCCUAUUAUAAUUAUAUGUACACUAAUCUUCCAACAUUACCAUGGGUUGAAGAACUGAAUGUGGCAAUUUUCAGAAUGAUUCAAACCACCGUUUUUUUUAUUUUGUGCCUAAAGGCUCACCAAACCAGUUUUCUUUUAUGAUUCAUAAAUACUUUCCUAAACCUAAAUAAUCUACAAGAUCAUAGUAUUUUUAAAUAUACCAAAUUGGUGCUGAAACUGAGAUGAAUGCUGUAAAACUUCCAUUAAAACGCUGAGUCUCAAAUAGCCGCCUAAAUGGCACAUAUUUCAUCAAAUAAACGGCUGUUUCAAAUGGAAGCUGGGUUUAAAUUAAGUGUUUAUGAGGUUACCAUGAGUUACCAUGACUAUUUUCAGGUCUCUCCAGAG